UGGUUGUGUGUGUGUGAUUAUUGAUUUUGUGUGUGUGGUUGUGUAUGAUGUGUGGUUGUGUGCAGUAAGUCUGGUAAUGUUGGAGGUGUGGAAGCGGCUGAUUCCGGGGACAGACUGCAGUGAGGGAGAGAGGCAGCAUCAUGUUCGGGUUCUGUAUAAAGCAGAGGGGUCCAGGUCAGGGUCCUGCGGGGGGACUCUGAUCCGUAAGCAAUGGGUUCUGACCGCAGGACACUGCUACAAGGAGAACACUGCAGGGACUCUAAAUGUCAGCGUGGGCGUCCACCCACCAGGAUCAAACGUCCAGAAAAACUUCACCAUUCCACCUGAAAACAUACAGAAAUACAGCAGCACUCUGUCUGAUGGAGACAUCAUGCUGCUGAAGCUUCCAGAACCUGUGGAGAACAUCAUACCUGCAGACCUUCCAGAUCUUCAGUGUAAACAUCCACCUGAUGGAGCCAUGCUGCAGGCGGCAGGACAUGGAUCAGCAUCUAAAGUCUAUGGAAAAACUGAAACACAUUUAAAGUGUUUGGGCGUCUCAGUCGCCCCCUGCCAGGACCUGAAAUACACCGUGUUUGAAAACGAGAAGCACGUCUUCUGCGGCGGGAGCCUUCCAGAGCAGCCAGUGAUCGAGAGCUGUGGGGGGGAUUCUGGAGGAGGCCUGCUGGAGAGCGGCGAGAGCGACGUGGUGUUCGGGGUGCUGAUUGGUGGAAGCCGGGGUGGGUGUGGAGGACAAAUCGUUUUCACUGAUGUGUGUGAAUACAUGGAGUGGAUACAAAACACCAUCAGCUCUUAGUCUGAGUUAUAAUUCCACUUAUUCAUUUAUUUAGUCAAUCAUUUUUCAUGGUUUGCAUUGAUGUUGUGACUUUCCUGAAUUUCAGUUAAGUUAAAAAUAUACAAUUAAACAAACACAUCUUAGUACAAAUAAAAUACUGAGAUUAUACACUGUGAUCAUCUUGAAAUAUCUUUAAAAUUUAUUAAUGAAUGUUUCAGGGUUAAUUAGGAAAUUAUUAUUAUUAUUAUUUUUUGUUAUAGAUCGAUAGCUCUAAUUACUAUAAAUUAUUUCACAAGAGAAAAAAAAAAACCCACAUUUUCACGUAGGGCAUUUUGUCAGUGUGGGCAGUGUGCCAAGUCCUGCUGGAAAAUGAAAUCCGCAUCUCCAUAAAAGUUGUCAGUAGCGGAGGGAAGCUGUAAGAUAUGAAGAGCUGUAAGAUUUUGUGGGAAAACAAAACUGCACUGACUUUAGACUUGAUAAUAAAACACAGUGGAUCAACACCAGCAGAUGACAGACAUGUCUCUCCAAACCAUCACUGAUCAUC